AUGAAAGAAAAUGGUGUUUUAGGCGGCGUUUUGGUGCCGAGGACCCGCCGGUUUCUCGUAGGAGGAAUUCUCUUUUCGCUUUUCGUCAUCUUAUUGAAUCUGUUGAUCGCAUAUGCAGUGCGUCGCUAUUACCCGAGAUCACGGGCAAAGAAGGAGCGCCGCAGUCGAAGGAGAAGUGGAAGUGGAAGUGGUAAAAACAGUGGUCGUGGAAAGCACAAGGAGCGCAAGAGGUCCGACCCUAAAGUUAUCCUCCUUGUGGGCAUGCCUGGUAGCGGAAAGUCAACGUGGUUGAAACAAUACAAGGGGCGGUGUGAUGACUCGUGCCGCAUUGUCGAUGAAGAUGAGUUGAGGGUAGAAAUUACAGGAAAGUUUGAUGACUUCUCCAAAGAAGACGAACUGUGUGCUGCUAUGAUUAAUGCGAUUGUGAGGCAUAUCAGCGAAAAGCAUAAUGUUGUGGUAGAAAGCAACCGUUAUGUUUUGGAUGAAAAGUUUCGCAAGCAGAUCAUUAGUACUGUUCCCUCGUGCCGGUUACUGGUGAAAGAGUUCGACAUUAAAGCCCACUUCGCGCAAGCGCGGUUGGCUAAAGAUGCGGAGGAGGGAAAAAGGCACCACACCUACACGGAAACCGAGCUGGAAGACUGGGAAGUCCGUCAAUUGGAGGCAAAAGAACUUUUUAAGAAGGAGGGGUGGAGCCAAAUGCACUAA